AUGCCAUCCACUCUACUUUCAACGUCAUGUUAUAUUAAAACGAAACCAUAUUAUCUUCGUAUUUGUAUUGAUGAUGAUCCUAACGAAGUGUCUGUUUCAACUAUUGACGAUAUAUUAUUAACAAUUGGUAAUUGUGAAUCAACGUCGAACACUGACGAUAUUUUAAAUUCGAUUCGACUUCACUUGGAAUCAUUGACUGAUAAAAAAGAAAAUUCCAAUCAUGAUAAUGAUGAUACGAUACCAGAGACAAUUAUUCUUAGUAAAUUGCUUAAUAUUGAACAGACGAAACCAGUAAAACUCACAAAGUAUCUUUAUCAGAAUCUACACAAGUUAAUCUCCGCUAUGUCGAUAUUUCUGAAUCGUUUAUCUGGAGGAUGA